GAGCCGAGCAGCAGUGGGAGGCGGAGAGGCGCUGCCACACGGUCCGCUUCUUCUCUCUUGCCUCCGGGACAUCCAGUCAUCCACCCGGAGAGCGAAACAUUCCAUCUCUCCUACUGACAGUGCUAGAGAAUGUGAAAGACAACAAGGCCUUCGACGAGCUGCUGGCGCUGUAGUUCUGCGGGGAAAUUUAACGAGGGACGCUCAGUAACUUUACAAAGUCCAGGCGGAUACCAACGAUGAGCAGACUGUGCCUCCCUCUCAGCGUUGUGUUACUGUGCGGAUUAGUCCGGCCUCAGCAGCUGCUGCUGCCCGGCUCCUGCAACUUCGAGAUGGGCACCUGUGGUUACAUAUCGGACCCAAACUAUGGCAGAUGGAGCAUAAAUGAAGAAGGGCAUUUGAUAACAGUGGACUCCAUCUACUUAGAAGACCAGGAGCAGGCAAUUCUUGUCAGUCCAGUUCUGGAUCAGCGGGACUGGAGCUGUGUGAGGCUGGUGUAUCAGAUCACUGGACGUGGUUCCCUGCAGCUACACUCAAGACCAGACAGUGAUAACUUUGACUACCGGCUCUGGACUGCCAACAAAUCCUCUGACAGCUGGCUCAUUGCUAGUGUGGACCUACCAAACACCACCAUCCCCUACCAGAUUUUGCUGGAAGGUCGGCCUGAACAGGGCUCUGAGAACAGCGUGGCCAUCUUUGAAAUCCACAUUGUUCCUGGUUACUGCAUAGAGUGUAAUUUUGAGGAACAUCACCUGUGUGGCUACAGUAAUAGCUGGAAUCCAAAUGUCAACUGGUAUGUUGGUGGGAGUGUGGCUAGAGAGUCUAACCUGCUUGAAAAUCACACCAGCAAUAACCAGAGAGGCCACUACAUGUAUGCAGACUCUGUGUAUGCCAAACAAUUCCAAGAGGUUGCCAAGCUGACUUCACCCAUGACCACAGCGCCCAUGGAAGGCUGCCUGUCCUUCUACUAUCUCCAAGACCAGGAAAGGGGAAACAUUUUUUCAGUUUUCACUAGAGACCAGCUGGGCCACUAUGAGGAGAUCUGGAGGCCAGAGGUGUAUACUACUGCAGACUGGACUCUGGUCAGUGUUGACAUCAAGGCCCCACACCCCUUGGAGGUGGUGUUUGAGGUGGCUUUCAACAGUGCCAGAGGUGGAUACGUGGCCAUAGAUGACAUUUCAUUUUCCCCUGUAUUCUGCCACACUGACACAGAGCCAACCUUUGACCCAGCUAUAGCCAACUGUGACUUUGAGAAUGGCCUGUGUCUGUACUAUCAGGAGAGGGCAGAGAGUAAGGCGUGGAGUGUAAUUUCAGUCAAGCCUAAUGCCUACAGGAUAGGGGACCAUACCACAGGAACCGGUUCUUUCCUCCUGGCAAACACUCGUUUCACUUCGAGACCUGGUUAUGUUGGUCGGCUUCAUGGCCCAUUUUUAUUUGGAAACCACAAAUACUGUCUCAGGUUCUACUACAUGCUUCAUGGGUUUAGGAAAGUAGACAAUGCUCUGGUUGUUUAUAUUUAUGAUGAAAAUAAUGUGGCUCAGGAAAAGGUGUGGAGUCUGACGGACACUUCCCAUGCUGUAUGGACUGAAGUAGAGAUCACCUACAUGAAGCCCAUGUUGACCAAGAUAGUGUUUGUCAGCAUAUGUAAGAACUUCUGGGAAUGUGGCCUCAUAGCCAUUGAUGACAUCACUGUGAGCCUGGGGGACUGUCAGAUAACAGCAGCCUCCCUCCCCUUCCAGUGUAACUUUGAAAAUGGAGUAUGUGGCUACAUACAGGAUAAGAAAGGAGAUCAGGCUGACUGGCUGCGAGUCCAAGGCCACACCCCCACCUCCUUCACAGGACCCAGAGGAGAUCACACCACUGGAGCUGGUUAUUUUAUGUACAUUGAGGCAUCACUUAUGCGUCCAGGGGACAGAGCUCGACUGCUAACCUCUGACCUCCGCGGCUCAUCAUCUCUACAGUGUUUGAUCUUCUUCUACCAUAUGUAUGGAUCUGGCACUGGCAUACUGAGUGUGUUCCUGCGCCAUGGCAGCAAAGAGAAAGACACACUGCUGUGGAGACGGCGUGGUGAGCAGAGUGUCAGCUGGAUGAGAGCGAUGGUGGAUUACUACUGUGAUGUCCAACACCAGAUUAUAUUUGAAGCCAUCCGAGGCCCAUCACUACGAAGUGAUAUUGCUAUUGAUGACAUCCUUUUUAAAAGGGGACCAUGUGAAGAUUCCAGUGACAUCACACCAUACUCAGGAUCAUCAGAGUAUUUCAAUGAGAUUGAGAACUGACACUGAUGGGAAGUCUGUUGUGGUAGUUCCUCUGAGUUGACUGAAUUGGUUUUCAAAAGUGUGGAUGCUUAAUUGGUUUAGAUACAGUUUCUCCUCCUGACACUGUCCACUGUCACAUUCCCAUUAAAUCUAUGCCAAAUCACACAGUCACAAUUCAGUGCUAUGUCUUAUCAGAAAGUAGCACAAGUUUUUUUGUCACUUAAUUUUAUUUUAAGCUAUAAUUUAAAGCCGCUGUUUGAUUUGGUACAUGUUUGAUGUUAUUUCUGUACUUACAUCAAGACAUAAAUCAAGCGUUUGUCCAGUUGCUUUUGAGGAGAAAUGAUCAAUGACCCUUGCUUCAAAAUUUGACUUACUUUGUACUUUCAUUUAUUUUACUUGCUAAAUUGUCAAAGACUGUCUCACUCACUGCUUUGCUUCAACAUGUUGGUCAGAGGGAUAAUGCAAAAGUAUUGGGAGAAAUGUAUCCAGGUAUCACCGGAAUGCAUGUGCAUCUUUGGGAGAGCACAUGAAAACAAAAUAUCAGGGGCGGGGACUCGUGCAUAAGAAACAUUCUCCAUAGCAAACUCCACAGAAUACAAAAAAAAAAGAAAAACACAGAUCAGGCAUAACAUUAUGACCACCUGCCUAACACUGUAUUGGUCCCCUUUAUGCUGCUAAAACUCCUCUGACCUCUGGGGAUGUCCUGUGGCACCAGGAUGGUGGCAGUGAAUUCUGUGGGUCCUGUGGGUUGCAGGGUGGGAUCUACCUAGAUCAGGCUGAGCCUGGCACAUCCCAUAGAUGUUCAGUUAGAUUCAAAUCUGUCAAAUCUGGGGAGUGUGGAACCCAGGUGAUCAGCUUUGCUUUGUCGUGUUCCCUGGGCCACUUCUGAGCAGUUUUUGCGAUGUGUUGGGGUGUAUUGUCCUGCUGAGAGUGACAACUGGCAUCAAGGGCUGCUGUUGCCUUGGGGGGUGUAGGGUUGAGGGGUUGGUUGACGUGCAAUGUUUAGGUGGGUGGUACAUGUGAAACAUCUAGAUGAAUGUCAGAACUCAAGGUUUCCCAGCAGAACGUUACAUUAUAACAAGAUGACUGAUGUUAUUCACUUGUCAGUGGUCAUAAUGUUGUAGCUGAUCAUUGUGUAUAUACACACACUACCUGUCAAAAAUUUGAGUACACCUUCUCAUUUAAUGGUUUUUCUUUAUUUUCACGACUAUUUACAUUGUAGAUUCUCACUGAAGGCAUCAAAAUUCUGAAUGAACACAUAUGGAAUUAUGUAGCAAACAAAGUGUGAAAUAAGUCAAAACAUGUUUUAUAUUUUAGGUUCUUCAAAUUAGUCACCCUUUGCUUUGGUUACUGCUUUGCACACUCAGCAUUCUCUCGAUGAGCUUCAUGAGGUAGUCAUUUUCUACAAUGCACUUUUCAGACCUUAAAUACCAUUCAGUCGGCAGUCCUAUCAGCAGAGUGGCCUUUUAAACCUCAUCUCUGGCUGAAGCUGCAGAAUCAAAACUCUAGCACAUCUCAUCUCAGAACACAUAUAAGGUAGUGUAGGUUUCUGACCAAAAUUCACUAAUUCACUCAAUGUUUUUUAUCCUUGUUCCACUGCGACAAAGGACUUGAGUCCAGCUCUUAAGUUACUAUCUAUGCACUUACAGAUUGACCAUCUUAAUGAGAAGCGUUAUCAGCAUCUUUUUGAGGUAUAGAUUCAGUCAAGUGCUGAAAGUAUUUCAUAGGGAUUAGAUCCAUGCUGACUCUUUGGCACCAUUCAGGUCCUUCAUAUGUUUCUGCCUAUUAUGCUGCAAAUUUCUGCAAACAUGUGAGGGCUAUCCUGUUCAUUUAAGUGUCCUGCUGUACACCACUGUUGAACUGUCAUUAUACCACAGACCUCAGAGAUGUAGGCUUCAGAGGUCUGAAACCACGCUGUGCUCUGUUUGCCGACUCAGUAUUUCUUAUUCAUCUGAACAUUCUAUUAAGCCAAGACACUGUUUUGCAUAAUUUUGUUAUGGCUGUUUUUUAAAUGCUGGAACUAAAAUUUUAGCAACAAUGACAAUCAAUUCAUUCAAUUAAUUCAAAACAUUCAGGUUUAAUACAACUUGCUUUGUUCCCUUGUGUGUGUGUGUAUAUAUAUAUAUAUAUAUAUAUAUAUAUAUAUAUAUAUAUAUAUAUAUAUACAGUAUACAACAGAUGUGAGUGAAGUCUAACACAAUUUUGGUGAAGCAUUUUGAAAAUGAAUUUCUUAUUAUCUCCUGAGACCAGGCAGUUAAAUCCUGAUGUAUUCUUUUAAUACUGUCAUCAGGCCAAAAAAAGAAACAAGAAUCAAAAAUGCGCAAUAUGGGAGGCUAUCCCACAAAUACUCUCUUUCUAUGCUUAAUAGCACCCUCCAUCUUAUCUUACUGGUUAAAGGCUAUAGGUUACCGAUGUAAAGGUAAAUGGUAGACAAAAUAAACAGUAAUUUACAACAGAUCAUAGGAACAAUAUUGUAACAUUUUAUUGUAAUCAAUCAAUACACCAUUAAAAUUAACUUUAUUGUCAAUAUCUCUACUUGUACACAGAAAGUGAAAUGAUCUGUUGAGUCACACAGUGAACAGAAAAGAAAAACAUAAACAAAUGUACACACUUAUAAGAUAGAAAGUGAUACCAAAGAAUACAUAUGCAAAUAACAUGCAAAGUUGUAUCUGUAGCAGAAUAUCAGGGAAAAGUGAUGGGAGUCAUAUUUUGACACAAAAAACACCAUUUAAGGAAGGAUUCAAUUUAAUUCAAUUUUAUUUAUAUAGCACCAGUUACAAUUCAAAUUGUCUCAAGAUGCUUUACAGAACCCAUAUGCCUGAACCAAGCAUCAUCCAAAACUUUUGAGUUGUAUAGAAAUAAUAUAUUCUGCGACAUUUACCUAAUCUCCCUGUGUGCCAUUUACACGUUUUAAUGUGCAUACAUCACUCACACAGCACAAUCAUUCUAAGAAAAAGUUGUACCGCACCUGUGAUUGUACUACUACCAGAGAAAUUACAUCUUCACACUUCUGUCGCUAUGACUGUAACAACUGGCCUUUUUCACUAAUGAAUUUUACAUACCAUAGGAAGAAAAGCACAAGUGUGAAUAACACUUAUGAUUGAGUUCAGUUUUGUGGUUCCUAUAGAAAAGAGCUAUUGCUAAUGUUAUUUGAAACAACUGUACUUUCCUCUCACAUUGAUGAGUCCAAAUGUGUUUUUAAAAAUACCUAUCAAAAUUGGACAAUAAUCACAUGUUUCGACUAAUAAAAACAGAAGAUGCAAUGUUGUGAGUUUUGAUUUGGUGACUGUUCAUCAGUCAUAGACAUGUAAGGCCUACAAGUCAUCUUCUGUCUGUACUGAGCUAGAAUUCGUCGUGAGACUGCAGAAACUGCUGUGUUAAACAUUUGUGUUCUUACAGUUAAGAAAUGUAAGGAAAAUGAGAGACUAUUUUUGACAACAUAUACAUGAAUAAAGAGCUGCAGGUGCAUUUGCAAUAUAUAUGGAA